AUGGGCUCCCUGGGGCGUUGCCUGGCCCGGAGCCUCCCGAGGGGGCAGCCGGGCCUGAGCGCCCCGGGCCCCCGCUGCUACGGCUCCGCCCCCGCGGCGCUGCAGGAGAGGACGCUGCUGGUGGCCAAGCCGGACGCGCUGCAGCGGCGGCUGCUCGGGGACAUCAUCCAGCGCUUCGAGCGCCGCGGCUUCAAGCUGGUGGCCCUGAAGCUGCUCCAGGCGGACCGGAGGCUCGUGGAGCAGCACUACGAGCAGCUGCGGCUGAAGCCCUUCUACCCCGCGCUCGUCGCCUACAUGACCUCGGGGCCGGUGGUGGCCAUGGUGUGGGAGGGCUACGACGUGGUGCGGUGCACGCGGGCCAUGGUUGGGGACAGCAGCGCCGUGGGGACAAUCCGCGGGGACCUCAGCGUGCACGUCACCAGGAACGUGGUCCAUGCCAGCGACUCCGUGGAGACGGCCCGGCGGGAGAUCGGCUUCUGGUUCCAGCGGGACGAGCUGGUGGCCUGGGACAGCAGGGACAGGGACAACAUCUACGGGCUCUAGGGCCGGUCCCGUCCGGGGGCAUCCUCGCUCCCAAUAAACCCCGGCGAUCCA